GAAAGAUACAAAAAAAAAAAAAAAAGAGAGAGGAGGUAGAUACCGACUAUCAAAAAUAAUAAUAAUUGAGAGACAAGAAAUAUAGUAAUGAAUAUUAGAAAAGAAAAUAGAAGAAGAGGAAAAAGAUAGAUUUAUGAAAAUGGCGUCAAAAGGAGGAAGGAGAUUGAGUAUGGUUUACGCCAAAAACAAAAAAUAAAUAAUAAUAAAGAAAAGGAGUUGUUCGUAUCGUCUUCUACCUUAUAAAAACACACCAUCCUUGUUUCCCUCUUCCUACACCGCACUCUCUUCUUCUUCUUCUUCAUCAUCCUUCUCUCUCUUUCUCCUCUGUUUGGAUCCAUGGAUAAGGUUAAACUCGUGAAGAAUGGUGUUCUUAGAUUGCCACCUGGAUUCAGAUUUCAUCCCACUGAUGAGGAGCUCGUGGUUCAGUAUCUCAAGAGAAAAGUCCUUUCUUCUCCUUUACCAGCUUCCAUCAUUCCUGAUUUUGAUGUUUGCAGAGCUGAUCCUUGGGACUUACCUGGCAAUUUGGAGAAGGAGAGGUACUUCUUCAGCACAAGGGAAGCCAAGUACCCAAAUGGGAACCGGUCUAACCGGGCAACCGGCUCCGGUUAUUGGAAAGCUACUGGUAUAGAUAAACGGGUCGUGACCUCUAGAGGAAAUCAAAUCGUUGGGUUGAAGAAAACACUCGUAUUCUAUAAAGGCAAGCCACCUCAUGGCUCAAGAACCGACUGGAUCAUGCACGAAUAUCGCCUCUCUUCUUCUCCUCCGAGCUCCAUGGGCCCCAUUCAGAACUGGGUUCUUUGUCGUAUCUUCCUCAAGAAGAGAGCCGGUAACAAGAGCGACGACGACGACGGAGAUAACCGGAAUCUGAGAUAUAGUAGUGAUAAUAAUAAUUCGAGUGACCAAAUUGAAAUAAUUACGACAAACCAAACCGACGAUAAAACCAAACCAAUCUUCUUCGAUUUCAUGAGAAAAGAAAGGACUACGGAUUUGAACCUUUUGCCGAGCUCUCCAUCUUCCGAUCAUGCUUCAAGUGGACUCACGACGGAGAUCUUCUCUUCUGAUGAAGAGACUAGUAGUUGCAAUAGUUUCAGAAACAAUCUUUAAUUUAAUUUUAAUGUUGACUAUCUUAAUAAUUAUUAUAAUAAUUUAAUAUUAAUACGACUCUCCUUCCUUUUUUUCCAUUUUUGCUUGAAAACGAAUCUUUGUCCUCUCUUUCGUUUCGUUUAAAAAAAUUAUAUAUAUGAUUUCGUAAACUAGUUAAAUUUUAUCUUUUAUUCCCUACCAAAAUCUCAAUUCUUCUCGCAACGGUCCACUUAUUGCAAUAAAUAUACUGUAUGUUUUUAUAAGUCAUCGUAAAAGUUUAGGGUAGACACUUUAUUUGGAAAUACUACCACAAACGGAAAAUAUAUAUUUGGAAAAAAAAGAAGAAGAAGCA